AUGUCGUUCGAACAAUGGAAAGCCUACGAAGAAGCAGAAUUAGACAACAUCCUCCCCGAACUGGGAAUAUAUGGGGGAACUAUGACAUUGAAAGACGUAGCUGAACACAUAACCAAGAGAUCCAUCAGACAGCGAUGGCGAUCUCCAAGACGCUACACAGCUAACUCUGUCAAAGCACAAAUCUGCAAUAGCCAAGCUCGAACCGAGAGAAUGCGACGAACUGCCAGAGAACGUCUGAGUGGAGACACGGCUACAAAACGUCGUUUCACAAUCCAGAAGAGAUAUGUCUACGGCGGAGAAUUCCCUUUGAAUGGCCAUGAGCUGAAAUCUUUACUCGCUACUCGUGCUGAGUUGGAGGAGUUUGAGAAGGAGGCUGAUGAAGCUUUGGAGAGUGAAGAAAUGGAUAUCCUUCCUACUCAAUUGAUGACAGAGAAGUCUUUUACACCACCUGAACAACUCUGUCUUCCCAUUAGGAAGAGACUCCAAGAUGAUGUACCCAAUCAUAAUCCUCAAAAACGACGAAAGACGAUGGCAACAGUGUCUGAAAAUAGGGUCAAGCAGAUUGAGUUGGUUCUCCUGACUCAGAACGAUUCUAACACCCCUAAGUGGCCUAUGUAUCCAGCUCGCAAGCUCCCAAGAGGUAUUUCAGGUUAG